GAGUUUUCCGUAACAACUUCAAUUCUAAUUUUCGAAUCCUGUUACGAUUCGACGUACUUACCAGUUUUGGCGAUUGGUAUGUGCGGCGAGGGAGGGAUCGUAUACUACUGCGCUUUCUCACCCUCUACCAAUCAACGAGAUCCACGUCAUCAUCGUCCAGGAACACCCGACUAAUCAAAUCACCUCCUGGCUAAGCCAAUUACCCAUUAGUUGCACACACCGAAUCAUUCCCCACCAUCCAAGCAUUUGUAGACUCCUGCUCUGCAUUGCCGUCGCCAGUCGCCACCCUCUCUCUCUCUCUCUCUCUCUCUCUCUCUUAAUAUGGCGUGACAUUUUGGGUGGAGAAGACGCGGAAUUUUCAUUUGGUUUAUUGCUAGGUUGUGAAGCGAAAAGAGUGUGCCCUUUCUGGGAUUUGCUUCCGACGCGGAAUUUCACCGUUUAAGGUUGUGAAGUGAAAAGAGCGUGCCCUUUCUCGUAUUUGCUUCCAACGCGGAAUUUCAUCGUUUAAGGUUGUGAAGAGUAAAGAGUGUGCCCUUUCUCGUAUUUGCUUCCGACGCGGAAUUUCACCGUUUAAGGGUGUAGAGAAAAAAUGGCUACAGUGGAGAAGGUUCGUAGAGCCUAUAAUGCGAUGAAGAGCUUAGGAAUAAGUGAAGAAAAUGUAAAACCGGUCCUCAAACGGCUUCUGAAGUUGUACAACAAGAAUUGGCAGCUUAUCGAGGAAGAUAACUAUAGGACGCUUGCUGAUGCCAUCUUUGAGUAUGAAGAUGAUAAGAAUGCUGAGGGAGAAAUGGAACCUGCACUGAAGAAACAACAGAGGGGAAAUGGUGAAGAUAAGGUGCUGUCUAAAGACAAAGGCAAGCGCGUUGUUUGUGAAGAAGAGCUCGAUGAUCCUGAUUCACGUGAUAAUGGAAAUGCAGUAGUGCCAUGGGAAGGGCAGCCUAUUGAUCAUUCCUCACAAGCUCAUUCUUCACAUAUUUGCACAGGAUCAGUUAAUCCUUCACGUGAUGAGGCCACUGUUGUCGCUAAAAGUGAGCCCAAGAUGGUAUUCAAUACUAUUGAGGACAUAACAAAAGGCUCUGAAAAAGUGAAGAUAUCCCUUGUUGAUGAAACUGGCAAUGAGGAUCUACCGCAUUUCCUGUAUUUCCGUGAUAAUGUCACAUAUGAAGCUGCAUACGUACAUGUAUCUCUAGCCCGUAUUGCAGAUGAGGACUGCUGUUCAGAUUGUAGAGGAGACUGUCUUUCGCCCUCUAUACCUUGUGAAUGUGCUGGUUCGACUGGAGGUGAGUAUGCUUACACCAAAGAAGGCUUGCUGACUCAAGACUUUUUAAAGACAUGCCUUUCUGCGGAGUCUCUGGAUAUGAAGCAUGCUGUCUACUGUAAGGACUGCCCUUUAGAGAGGGCCAAGAAUGCGGACUUGCCUGGGAAGUGCAAGGGUCACAUCUCCAAGAAGUUCAUUAAAGAAUGUUGGAGAAAAUGUGGCUGCGAUAUGAGGUGUGGGAACAGAGUUGUUCAGCGAGGUAUAACAAGGAAAUUGCAGGUCUUCGUGACAAGUGAAAACAAAGGCUGGGGAGUAAGAGCAUUCGAGGAGCUGCCACAAGGGGCGUUUGUUUGUGAAUAUGUUGGAGAAAUCUUGACCAACAUGGAGCUGUAUGACAGGAACACUCAAAGCGGUGCUGACAAAGAAAGGCAUGCAUAUCCAGUGCUACUUGACGCAGAUUGGUCCACAGAAGAAAAUCUGAAGGAUGAAGAAGCCCUCUGCUUGGAUGCAACAAAGUGUGGCAAUGUUGCUAGGUUUAUCAAUCAUCGGUGUGCAGAUGCAAACUUGAUCGACAUUCCAGUCCAGGUGGAAACUCCUGAUCGCCAUUAUUAUCACGUUGCAUUUUUCACCAGAAGAAAAGUGGAGGCUCUAGAAGAGCUUACUUGGGAUUACGGGAUUGAUUUUUCGGACACAGGCCAUCCUAUCAAGGCCUUCCGGUGUCGUUGUGGAAGCAAAUUCUGCAGAGAUAUAAAGCGGAGAAGAUAGCUCUUGAUUCUGCUCAUUCAAGAAUGGCUGCUUCUGAUCCUUCUUGAGUUCCAACUUUGAGAAUACUCAUUUUUUAUUAUUUUGUUUUUGGGGGGAAUUGGAUAGCACUUUUUGGGGGGAAUUGGAUAGCACAUGGAGUAUAAAGCGAUGCAUAGCUAACAAGCCUAACAUGAUUUAUAGAAUCAGUAUGAGAAGUUAGAAACUCUAUGAUUUGGAGUUGGUUUUCUGAAUUGAUCCCACAUUGGGAACUAUUCCAAAUUUUGAUGAUAAUUCGAAGAUUUUGAGAUUUUGUU